UCUGAGAAGAGUAUUAUUGUCUGUUAACAGAUCAAGUGAUCUUGUACAGUUUUGUGGCCAUGAAAAGGAUUUUUUAGUGCACAGCGACUUUAAAUCACCCGUUGAGCACCUCUAUAGGCUGGUAAAUGGAUAACUAGGAUUUAAGGAAUGCAACAUUACGAGUGGUUUUUAAAAGAAGUAACUUGCAUUGGGAAUUAUCUAACGCCAUUUGAAAAAAUACGCUACUGUUGACGUGACUUCUCGAGAAUUUUGUCAAAAACGCAUGAUGUCUACGGGGCUGGAGAAAGUGGAUGCCAUAGAAGAUAUAUUAAAAGCUGGCGACUUAAUGAAAUCUUUCGGUCUUUCGACAACAGGCUUACGUUCAAUAGAUGAGAUGAAAAGCAAACUUCGUGAGCAUUUAAAAGAGUUGGAAGAGACUUCGUCGCGAAAGAUUGGAGAGACACACGUAGUUAUCUCCGAUGCUGGUAAAUCGGAUGCUGACAAACGCAGAAAGUUACUCGAUCUUUACAAAAGAACUGAGCAGUUUAUGGGUCAGUUUGAGGAGGAUUUUUUGGAAAUAUUUCAAAAAAGCUUCGAAGACCUAAACAAAUCUUUGCAAGAGAGAAAGCAGAAUGUUGAACCAAGUGAUCAGUAUGUUGUUCUUGUUGCAGGUGAGACUAGCGCUGGAAAAAGCAGUGUCAUUAAUCUCAUCUUGGGAGAAGACCUUCUUCCCUCUAAAACAUUGAGUACCACGUCCACAAUUUGCGAGCUGAAAUAUGGAGAAAAGCCGAUGGUUGGUGUACACUACAAGCCUACUGGAACAAAAAUUCCUGAACCAGCAUUCCACGAGUUGAAUAAUGGAAGGAAAACCUUCAAAGAACAAAUAGAAAAGUUUGUGUAUGCCAAAGAAGAUCGAGAGAAAGCACCUUACGAGAAAAUUGAACUGUUUUUUCCGCACCCUUUGUUUAAGGAGAAUGUCAUGAUCGUUGACAGCCCUGGUGUAGGAGAAAGCGAUGUCAUGAGUAGUUUUGUUCUCAACUACCUGCCGCGGGCCUUUUGUUUCAUGUACGUUCUCUCUGCGUCGAAUGCUGGAGGAAUUCAGCCCGACAGGGUAAGGACAAGGAUUACUGGGUAUUACAAACCUAGUCAGAACUCUAACAAAAUUCUCGAACGUGAUUGGUUAUCAAUGAAUACUAGAUGGUUGGAGGAUCUCCUCGAUCGCAUGUCUCGUCAAGUCCGCAUAAGACUGAAGUCAGCAAAAAUGUCUCAUCAGGAAACAGAAGAAAAAAUCAAGAGACUGUUAAGCCGCAUGGAAGAGCUACAGAAUUCUCAGAAACGUAUAUUUGAUGAACUUAGUGAGCAUCAGUCGAAAAUAUUUGAAGACAUCCUCGAGAAGCUAGCUUUGCACUUUAAAUCGGAGGGAACUAUCUCGAGUUUCUGCGACUGGUCUGAAGAAGAGGUCCCCAAACCCCUUGGGACAUGGCGGGAAACAAAGAACGAGGUGUUAAAGUGCGUCUCAGAGAGAACACACCAAUUUGUUCAGCACUGGGAAAACGAAGAGAACGAAUUCGACAGAGCUCGAGUGUCAUUGAUCCAACAUUGUUGCAAAAAGUAUGAUAUAAUGGAGGAAGAAAUGCGCGAAGUAGCAGAAGAUUUUUUUAUCGUCGACGAGGUGGAGGGCGAUCUUCCACAGGAUGAAGGUGGACAAAAUUUGAAACGAUCUAGAGUAAGAAGAAGAUUACAAACAAGUACUGCUCCGCCAUGGCUUCGGCAAGGAUUGGCAUCAGUGGUGGUAGGGUCUCCACUUGGUAUCCUCGGAACCAAACUUAAAAGGAAACUCCACUACAAAACCAAACUGGACACGUUCCGCGAUGAUCCAUGUGCCUACAUGUCAAAGCGAUCACAGAAAUGCCUCAAAGUUAUUUCUACUCGAGACCGCUUGCUUCCGUUCAUCAACGAACAACUAGAAGACGCCGUACUGUACCUAAGGCGGAUCAAGGAGAAGAUUCCUAAGCUGAGAGAAGGUGACGAGCUCAUCUAUCAACGGCUACUUGAAGACGAGAGAGGCAGUACUGAGAUUCGGAAGAUCUACGAGCCUUUAAACAACGAGCUGGAAUCUCUGAGACGCGAAAUAACCGUGUACACUCUGCGAGAGAUCAAGCAGUCUGAUUUCGCAAGAGAAGAGUUAGAGUGCGAUUUUGGAAAUUUUGAUUCUGUCAUUGGACGAGGCAGCUUCUCAACAGUGUUUAGAGGCGUUCUUCAUCGCAAAGGAUCGCCAGAGAUCAUGGUGGCUAUCAAGAUGUACAGUGACUUGCUUACCACUAACAAUGUGUGGCAUUUUGUUGACGAGGAACGUGCUUUAAGAAAACUGCGCCAUCCAAACAUUGUGGGUUUUUACGGAACCAAUUUGCACCACGGCCCCAACGGCACCAAAGUGAUGAUCGUCCUCGAGCUUUGCAGUUGUUCUCUCAGAUAUCGAGUACAUACCCAUCCCGAGGAUUCACCCGCUCGAUCGUCGAACGACACAGUCAAGAAGAAAGUGUUAUCAUGGGCACAACAUAUCCUAGAGGCUUUGCAUUAUAUCCACUCAGAAGGAUUCGUUCACCGAGAUUUAAAACUGGAAAAUCUACUGCUGACACAAGGCGAGAAAGUGAAACUUGCAGAUGUAGGAGUAGCUAAACAUGAAAAAGAAAUAACAGGUACGAUGGUCGGCACCUCUCUGUACCUGGCCCCUGAAGUGUUUGAGGGUCGAAUCUACAACAGCAAAGCUGACAUGUAUAGUUUUGGCUUUGUACUUUGGGAAAUAUGGUAUGGUGAGCAAGCCUUUCAAACAGCGAUGACAACCUGCGGAGUGUAUCAGCUCGAAAAGAUGAGACAGGGCUGUCGACCUGCUCACAUCGAAGGCACCAAUCAUCCAUGGGAAAUAUGGAAGCAUGUCAUGACUAAUUGCUGGAAUGAAGAGCCACGUGUCAGGCUGACAGCAAAAAAAGCACUGGAAAGUUUUAAGGAGUUGCAGGAGGCUGAGAUUCGACCCAAACGGAAACCAGUACCGCUACCGAGAUCACGUUCGAGGCCACUUUCACAAAGCAAAACGCCUCCUUCAACAAAACCUAAGCCAGCUAGAAGACCAAAUAAGCAAGGUGGAGUGUCUGUUUCUUACUACAAAAAAGUAGAGGCGGAGAGUGUUCACUUUGAAUUAAAAGAAAAGAAGUAACGUAGAGGAGACUGAAAAGAACAAUCGCUUUAUAUCUUAGUAUUCGUUCGACUGCAUUUAAUUUAGGAGGAGGAGGUCUCUGAAAUCAGGGAUGUAACCAAAUUUUACUCAAAGCUUCUAACGAGCUCCAGUGUACACUAAUCGUGUUUUUUAAUGGUAGUUCGUAAACGGCGUGGAUUACAGAUAGUUCCCAAAGGUAAAUUUAUUUCUUACUCGGCAACCGUUUCUCGAAUUGAUUGAAGAGAAGCUACACAAUUUUUUUUUUAUUUCACUAUGACACCAUGUUGCCUUUUGAGGGCAUCGGGACGGUCAAAAUAUGCCAAAGAAUAACUCAAUAGAUCAGGCCAAAAAUACGGCCGGAGAGCGGGGCAAAAAAAUGGCUCCUGUGAAUGAUCAAACUUUGAUAUUUUUUCUCCGUUUUUUUAAGCUCGUCUUCUUAGGAAAAUAACUUUUCAGUGCAGCAGAUGUUAUUUGACUGUGAAUACAUGAAACUCAUAAAUGAAAUGCAAACUAUGUGAACUAUAUAAACUGUGAAAUGCGAAGAUCACUUUCAUAUCUACAGAUGUUAUCGUUGGUCAUGGUUUCGUUUGUGUUGUUUCCGUCUUUCACUCAUGCCUUCGGGGCUCGGAAAAAAUACAGCGCAGCUCACAAAAUAUCCGCACCUAUUAUAUUUUAAUGAUAAAAUAAGGUGUAUUAUCCCUUAGUAAAUCAAAUGAGUCUAACUUGCCGUCAUCGAUCGGUGCAACGUCUUUGACUGUACAAAGAAUGAAUCAUAAACGUGUUAUAUCUAAGAAAUAGUCCGUAUACUGCAAUACGACUGAAAUUAACUCAUGAUAGGGCGAAAGGGCAUCAGAGCCAAUGCAGCAAGGAACCCCUGUAGCUAGACUUCGUAGGGAGUCCUGGAAUAAAGUUCAUAAUUCACUGCAAUGUAUCUACUAAAAUAUCGGUCUUAAAUUUUUAGUCAUUCUGCUUGGAACAAGAGUAUUGAAGGACGAUCCUAUUUUAAAUAAGUUUUUUGGUUUGAAGCAGGAUUAACUAGUGUUAUUGAGUGACAUUCACGCUCCAGCUAUAUCAUUACAUUAAGCGGCUAUAGCGAGCAAUGAGUUGCUGAAAUCCAUUAAUAAAACGUUAAAAC